AUGAGCGAUAAUGUUAACAGAAGAAAAUCUCAACGCUGGGUCAGUGUUUCCAAGGGAAAUUAUGACGGACAAGAAUGGGACAGCAGUGAUGACGAUAUGGAUUCAUUUGGGGACCACAGUGCGCAUUCUGAGCGUAACGAAAUAAUACAGAAACUUCCACCGUUGCCAAAACUGGGUAAGAACAAAUCAACCGAGAAAAUUACAGAAAAUUCACUGGAUACUCAAAUAACUGAGGAUCAAGAAGAUCAAAUUCAAAUCCAAUCGCCUUCUAGCGGUCGUGUUUCGGAAGAUUAUACCGCGAACAAUACAUCGGAACCGGAGAGUAACUUUUGGUUAGGCACUAGAUCGGUCGCUUCAGGAUUUGAAUACUCGGAUUCGGAAGAAGAAUGUCGAGUACCGAAGACUGGGUAUUUUGCAAGCAUGAAUCUUCAACCUGAACCUAUACCCACGAGUGAACCGGGCAAAGAGGAGAAAAUUGGCGAUCAACAUCAACAGUCACAGGAUGCGCAAGUUUCGACACCGGUGGCAGCGAGUGGCUCCUCCGAAAGGUCUUCAACGAGUAAAUCUGAUCUCAAAUCGGAACCUGAGGCGCCAAUCAAGCUUUCACCCGACGAUGGCGAACAUCCAACGGUAUCCCAACAUAUCCCGGAAAUCGAGGAAUUGAAGGAUGUGUCGUCACCUAGUCCCAGCGUGAAUAACGAAACAUCCGAUGAUGACAAACUGCAGGAAUCAGUUCUAGUAAAAGCUGUAUCCGAAGUCUUCCCUGAAGUGUCAGAAGCGGCUCAUAACUCAACAGCUGCCCAUCAGGCUCAGAGAUCGUCUUCUCUUUUUAAUCAGUCAACUAAAUCCCUGGACGAAUCAUCGAGUUCGUCGAGCGAGCAUGGGAAAGCCUCUUCACAAAAACAGAGGCCGGUCAAACCAAUUAUUACUAGUGCAUCAACCGCAGCAACUGAGGCUACCCCAGAAAAACGAAAAGGCACAAAAUCCAGCAUUAUUUCGUCUGACGAAUACGAGGACAAUGCCUCGUUUUUUAAUCAGUACGGAAACAACAGCAUUCAGUCUUCACCUGCCGAUGGACUCGACAGGUCUCCAAUAACAGCUCAAAACUCAUCUCCUUUGAAACUAAGGUACACUUCGAAGACGGAGCUCCAUCACACAGACGAUGAAAGCAACUUGACAGACGGGGACAAAAGCUUCAAGUUCAAAAAUCGCAAUCGAGAAUCAAUACUUGACAGUUCCAGUGACGAAUUUGGUGUUGAUUAUGAUAAUGACGAUGAUGAAAAGGACGAUGGUAAAGAUGAUGGUGGUAGCGACGAUGAAACUGAUGGCGAAAGUGUGAUGAAAAUGCCAAAGAGCGGAUACUAUACUCAAAUAAUGAAUGAGUACUUGGUAAAUGAUACCAACUCCAAGGAGACCGAUUCGGUCGGCGGUAAUGGUGAUGAUGACGAUGAUGACGAUGAUACCGAAAGCGAUGCAGUGAGCACAGAAACAGGGUCAAUAACUAAAAGCAUUCAAGCCUCACGGGACGGAUCUGCUCGUGGCUCUCGCAACUCUCAAGAAACUUUCAACGAAGCUGGUAAUACCGAAGAAGGGCCUGUUGAUGAUAACAACUCAUUAGGAAGCAAUAAGGACUCUCGAAAUCUACAAUCGAGGCAGUCAAUCAAUUUGGGCAAGUGGCAGCCGGAUACUGAUGCAACGAGGGCGGAUUUCUUAGGAGGCGCAGCGUCGAAAGUUCCGGACGGGUAUGUUAUCGAUAGAGAUGGUCAAGUGGUCGACCUUAAUCCUUCGAGCAUGAGAAAUGCUCGGGCAGUCUCGAUGUAUACCGAAGCGGAAAGUGCAUGGAAUGCUUUUCCAUCAUCAGCAGGCGCAGGAAACGGAGAUGUUGACACCAUUUACGAUACCAAGACGAUUUACGACAAUCAAACAAUCUACAACGUUCCGGGGGUGGCAACAAACCAGACUUCACUGCCGCCUUUGCCUCAAGAUAUCUCUGUCAUUGAUUUUGCGCCAACAAAUACAAUCACUGACUCUGAUUCCAUUCUGAAGGAUUUGAAUGGUGAAAAGAGGCAGCACUCGUCAUACUUGAAGGAGAACUUCUCGGUACACGCUCCGGACUCAAAGGAAAUUGCACAACUAGAUAAGAAGACUAUUCCUGGGUUGGACAUGGACGCACUUCUUCAAGCAAAAGCUAGAACGCAUUCAGCCAAAAUUAAAGAACUUGAGACCUAUUCAAGUGAUUUAGACAGCUAUGAAAGUGGGCUGCAGACAUGGAUUAACUACGCACUCAAGUCAUCCACGUCUGAUCGAGAUUAUAUUUUCCACGACUACAAGGUAAACAAACAUGUCAAAGACGCGUACGCGCAAGCUGACGAGCUGGGUAAGAAAAUGACUGUAAGCAACACAGUUGCAAACGUUAACCAAAACGUCUCGCACUUGAAACGUAAAGUGUUUUCUCACUCAAUGAAGGAGAAGUCCAAGGGACUAUUUUCAUCUAUCGGCAAAAAGAAGGUUUAG